UUCGAGUGGUCUGGUUCAAGUCGCACAGCACACGGUCCACACUCAACGUGACUUUCAACAGAUUUCUUUGUUUUGGGCCUGCAAGUCGAGCUAGUUAUUCUCGAAAUGCUUGGUGGCAUCUAUAAACACAGUAGAUUGCACUUCCGUCUCCUCUAUGUAACUAGAAGAAGUUUCUCAGUUGUUUCCGCUUGUCUUUCUUCCCGACCACCGUUCAAUGCUGCCCCAAUUUUCAAACUUAGCGAACCUCCGAACCCCCAGUGGAAGCUUGGACAGGGCAUGUUGGAAAAUAGUCCGCUAACAAAGCAAUGGAAGGCCGACGAGGAACAAGGAUGGAAAACUUGGGAUACCAAGAGCACUUCCGGAAGGGACGUGUAUCGUCUGUUGACGAGUGCCGUUACGCCAAGGCCAAUUGCUUUUAUCUCCAGCCUUUCCGCUGACGGCAUUCCAAACCUUGCUCCAAUGAGUUACUUCAACCUGGUGUCCCACAGUCCUCCGCUUCUCAGUGUCUCACUCACACUAAGUCCGAGGAAGCCAAAAGAUACCAGAGAGAAUAUCAAGGCGACUAGAGAGUUUACUGUGAAUAUCAUCAGCGAACCGUUCGUCGAAGCUGCCAAUGUAUGCUCCAUCGAAGCUCCCUCAGACGUUGAUGAAUGGAAGGUCAGUGGACUGACGCCGGAACCUAGCGUUUCAGUGGGGCCAGCUAGAGUAAGAGAAAGUGCGGUUAAUCUGGAAUGCGAGCUUUUCGACUCUAUUGAUAUCUCACCAAAUGCUACCGAGCCUCCAUCUACGACACUUAUCCUUGGCCUUAUCAAGUAUAUCCAUGUCCGGAACGCUGUCCUGGUAGAAGACAAGGAGACUGUGGAUGCCGCAAAGCUGCGACCAGUAGCCCGUCUAGGCGGAGAUUCCUACGCUCGCCUCGGGGAGGGUUUCGAUUUGUCAAGGCCCUCGUGGAGGGCACUCAAAGAUACGGUGGAAAAGUUUACCAAAGGAAAUUAAGCGAAGAGAAGUGCACAUCUGUACAUUUCGCGCACGGAAGUGAUUAUAGAAGGUGCUACAGAGCUCAAUCUCCGCGGAUUGCUAUUCGCCUCGUUACCCCAUACGAGCCCCCAGAAGCCCGGAGCCUGCGUUCCUCUGAUAGAAAAGAGAGCUAAUAGAAGGAAGGGCUUAGCUCAUACGUUACUCAGCCUCCGAGAUGUACCCUCUCUCUUGGUGUGAGGUAGCGGAAAAUACAUUGUCACAUAUAUAGAUAAUAUUUCU